GCAUUAAUGCCUCUUUUCUGUAGUUCUUAAGACAGAACCAUGUGAUCUGCUCUGGUCUGUCCCACGAUCCAAGUCCACAAGUUUCAAAGUUUUUUUUCUAUGAGAUUUCAACUCAUUCAUUGAUCUAUCUAUAUAUACACAUGAGCCAUUCAUUCUAUCAUCAACCAAAAACAAGCAAUCAAGUAACCUUAAUCAUUUCAUACAUCUUCAAAAGAACUCAAGCGUUCAGCAACAAAAAAAAAACAAAUGGCUUUUGUGAGAAGUCUAUUGGGCGCAAAGAAGAUUCUUGGCCGCUCUGUAACAGCAACAGCUUCUACAAGCAAAAGAGCAACAUCGGCGGCACCAAAAGGGUUUCUUGCGGUGUACGUAGGAGAGAGCCAGAAGAAGAGAUAUGUGGUGCCAGUCUCAUACUUGAGCCAGCCCUCAUUUCAAGCUCUUCUCAGCAAAUCAGAAGAAGAGUUUGGGUUUGAUCAUCCAAUGGGUGGCUUAACUAUUCCUUGUCCUGAAGAUAUUUUCAUCAAUGUGACUUCUCGGCUUCAGUGAUGAUUAUCCAACAUACUGUUCGUCUAGUUAGAGAUAGAUUCUUUGUAAAUAGAGGAUUUUUUUCUCUUCUUCUUGAAAGAGUUGUUCUAUAUUUUUUAAGUGAAUACCAUUCAAUUUUUUAAAAACUCA